CUAUUAAGAUAAAGUCUAAUACAGGUCGGCUGGGUUAUUGUAGAUAUGUCUAUGGUUGUGCUUGCAUCAACCAUAACCAUUGAGCUCGAAGAUUAUGUGUUGAAGAUUCAAAGCUUUUGCCCAUUGAGUUCCCAAGCUGGUGAGAUUAUCCCGGGAACUUGGCAACUCUUUUGUCGACUCGUAUUGCUGAUUUUAGGUGUGAUAAGGGACCCCGAUUUCGUAACUCAUGUAACUUGCAUUACGAGUUACUAAGAACAAAAUCCAACAAAAGCAUAACUGGUGGGCAUUGAUAACUUGAUCACAAUUUCAGGACUUUUUAGGUUAUAAGUAGUUCAAUUCACAAAUGACUGCUGCUCUAGUUACUACUAUAUCAUGGAAGUUCGAGGUAUUCUAAAAUUUGGAGGAUUUGUAGAUGAUCUAAGAAUGUCAUAGUUGGUUAAUCCAAAAUAUUUUUACGCUCUCUGAAUCUACUUAAAAUCUAAGCUUUACCCUUUAAUGUGAUCAAAGUGAAUGACGGGGCUCAGUUGUUGACAAUAUAUUGUGAUCAUUGGCAACCCAGAUAUUAGCACUAACCAGGAGAUUGCAGGGGAUGGAUCCCUUUCAGCAACAGGUAGACACUCCUCCAGCUCUAGUUAUGUGCAAGUGCAGUGUGGGAAUGAGGAAAGAACAACUUACCAUUCUACAUUUUAAUGCUCAUGACUCAGUGUGGCUGUAUUACCUAAAAUUCUCUAAUGUAAAGAGUUAUUCCAUAAUAACUGUACUGCUCGUGUCAAACGCAAUGAAAUAAUGGCACAAUGAGCAGCACAACUUCUUUACCAUCUAGCUAGUAUCUAUUCUCUGCUAAAAGGUGGGUCCUUCGGUUGGAAAGUAACAACGCGUUCUUUAAGUCUUUAACAACCAUGGCCAAAAAUUGAAGACAAAACAAAUCAAUGUGCAUUACCAUCUCAAUUCGUCAAUCGAAGACUUGGGUAGUAAAUGUGUAGAAAAAUUGGUUCACAUGUAAAUUCUUGUUACCAAUAAUGGACGGCAAGUUGUGAUAUCAUCUUUCUGUUUGCUGUUUUUAGUUAUUUGGGCACCACUUUCUAUGACAUUUAUGCGUUUGUAUAGCACUAUUUUUUGACCUUUCAUUUCGAAAAGAUACUGUAUAAAUGUUUUACUUCAAUAUAGAAAUGCCCAUUAACUGAAUUUGAAUUUCACACCAGCAAUUUAAUAAACUAUGGUUGACACUGUCGACAGCCAUUUGCUGCAAAGAUGUAGUCAAUGGUGAAGGAAGGGAGUUGCUGAUUUCCGGUUAGGUUCAUAUCCCUCUCAUAGACAUGCAUUUCUUUUGCAAAAGAAUAUCAAUCAGACAAUGGCAAGCAAGAAAAUCAAAAUAGAAUAUAUUCUAUUGGAAUCCUCUUGUCGUGGCAAUGACAACAGUGCAAGUCAGGUAUUUCCCCUCCUUAGUUAAAACCACGUUACAAAUCUCCCUCCUUAUUAAUAUCACCCAUAUUAGAAAUUCAAAACCCAAAAAUCAAACAAGAGAGAGAGAGAGCUGUAAGAACAAGAAAAUGAGUAGCAGCAAGACAGCAGACGAAAAGGAAUUAUUAGAAGAUAUCGAGAAUAUUUUCAAUCGGUUUGAUGUAAACGGAGAUGGCAAAAUUUCAUUAUCCGAGUUAUCAGAUGUAUAUAAAGAGCUUGGAGAUGAAAUGACACCAGAAGUAUUGAAAAAGAUGAUGGAUGAUAUUGAUACAGAUGGCGAUGGAUUUAUAAAUUUGAAAGAGUUUAUUGAAUAUCACCGUAAUACUGAUGGGACUAUUGUUUUUGAAGAUAGAGAAAUAAGGUUUGCGUUUGGGAUGUAUGAUAUGGAUAAAAACGGUUUGAUAUCUCCUGAAGAAUUACAACAAGGCUUAGGUUAUUCCGCUGAUGAUUGUGCAAGAAUUAUUAGUGCUCUUGAUACUGAUGGUGAUGGUAAUAUUAAUUUUGAAGAGUUUAAGAAGAUGAUGCAAAAAGAUAUUGAAUGAUUUUUUUUCCUUCUUGUUUAAUCUUGUAUUUGAAGAAUUUUAGUGGUGGUACGUGUUUUCAUGUUUUGUUUGGCUUUCGAUUCUCAUGGGCUCAAGGUUCUAUAUUUUUGAUUAACUGAAUUUCCAAUG